AUGAGUCAGGAUAUCGUCCUCUUUUGGACCAUUCAAGCUAGGCAGGGCCAAGAUGUGGCGUCUCCACCAAAUCCAGGUGAACACUUUUCCCACAAACCCAAGAGAACUGGUCCCUCAGGGCCUCAGAGAACAUCGCCAACAGUACCUAAAAACAUGCCCAUACCACAGAGGGUGACCACCACCAUAAGGAAGAACCCCACACAUGCCCGAAAUGGGGGAAGUGAUGCUGAAAUCAUGGAGCUUAAUCAACAGUUGAUGGAGCUGAAGUUAACUGUAGAUGGUCUGGAAAAGGAGAGAGAUUUCUACUUCAGCAAACUUCGAGACAUUGAGCUGAUCUGUCAAGAACAUGAGACUGAAAACCACCCCAUUAUCAGUAGGAUAAUUGACAUUCUGUAUGCCACAGAGGCUGGCUUUGCACCACCAGAAGAUGAUGAAAUAGAUGAGCAGGCCCACUUGGACCAGGACGAAGACUGAGCAUCCUCCUCUUCCACAUCAUCGUGACCCUUCACCAUUUCCUCUCCCCACCACUUUGAAUGACUCCCCUCUAUCGCACGCUGUUAAUAUCCUCUCAGUUUCCUACAAAUAUGUGGGCUCACCAUAUAUACUCUUAACUCUUUGUCCUCCAACACUGGUUUAUACACUACAUACGUAUCAACAAACACUCGCCGUCCUCACCCCCAUCCAGACAGUAGCACAAACCACGACACAUCCUAGCCAUCAUAGCAUGUUUUACAUAUCGACACAGAGAAUGAACAAAAGAAAAGGUGUCAUAGAAUGUGGGUAACACAACGGACUGAAAAAUGUAAAUAUUGAGAUGAGAAAGACGUUUUUAAAAGAAAAAAAAGAACAAUAUUGCCUGGAAUGCAGUUAUUUGUUGUGAGAUUUUCAUACACAUUUUCCUUAAGGUCUGUCUCGGCUCCAUUCAGUAUGAAACGAUCAGUAUCACGCCAUCCAUCUGUCUCCAGCUUCAGUCUGCCUCUCUCACUGACUGUACACUUCUAAAGGGACAGUUCACACAGAAAUUACUAUUCUGUUUUCAAUUUCUCACCCUGUCGUUCCAAAUCUGAAUGCCUUUCUUUCAUGGAACAAACGAGGAAAGCUUUUCAUUUCCAUAGAAUUGCAGCAAAUAGAGACUAAAGCUUUCAAUCUUGAAAAAGGACACAAAUGAACCAUAGAAGUGGUCCAUAUGAUUCACACACUAAAUUCCAAGUUAGGGCUGGGCGGUAUAUCGAGUUUGUGCGAUAUAUCGAUACUUUCUUUAUAAGCGAUUCGAUAUGAGGUAAUUUAUAUCGAUAUACAGUAGUUUGAUAUGAGCGCAUCUGAAGCGGAGGACAGACUGAGCUGCUGCGGAGAAAGUGCAUAAUCCAAUUUGUUCUAAACAUGUGACAAGCUU